AUGUUUAAAUACCAAUCCCCUGUUGCUGACUCCUCAAUACCACCGUCACAUAAUGAUGUACACAAUAAUUAUAACGCUCAUGCUGCACAUGAAGCACGUUCAGAUGAUGGCGAAGAAGAAGGUGGUCAUCAUGAUCGUUAUCCUUUGGCUCAAGUGGAAUUUGAUCGUGUAAAAACACCAUUUAUUAUUGGUGUUUGGAUUCUAUCGGCCAGUAUAGCAAAAAUUGGUGGUUCAUUGUAUGCCUGUGGUCUGAGUGGUAUUUAUGGAAGUGAAGCUGAAACUCCCAAAUUAUUGGAAACAUUUAUCUUUGCCUCUCUUAUAUCGGCUGUGGAUCCUGUGGCUGUGUUGGCUGUCUUUGAAGAAAUUCAUGUCAAUGAAAUUUUGUAUAUCGUUGUCUUUGGUGAAUCAUUACUUAAUGAUGCUGUUACGGUCGUCAUGUAUCAUAUGAUGGAAGUUUAUAAUCACAUCGGUAUAUCGGAAAUUAUAGCUCAAGAUGUUGUCAAUGGUGUCGGCUCAUUCUUUGUGGUGGCAAUUGGCGGUACUGUUAUUGGUAUUAUUUGGGGCUUCCUGACUGGUUUGGUAACACGUUUCACCGAUCACGUGCGUGUAAUAGAACCCAUCUUUAUCUUUGUCAUGGCAUAUUUAGCAUAUCUAAAUGCUGAAAUAUUCCAUAUGAGUGGUAUUUUAGCUAUUACGUUCUGCGGUAUUACCAUGAAAAAUUAUGUCGAAUCGAAUAUAUCACAAAAAUCGCAUACAACCGUUAAAUAUGCAUUAAAAAUGAUAUCAAGUUCCUCGGAAACUGUUAUAUUUAUGUUCUUGGGUGUAGCCACCGUCAAUAAUAAUCAUGUAUGGAAUACCUGGUUUGUUCUAUUAACCAUAUUGUUCUGUUCAUUCUUUAGAGUUGUAGGUGUCAUUGUCCUAUCCGCCAUAGCAAAUCGUUUCCGUCUACAUAAACUAUCUCGUGUCGAUCAAUUCGUUAUGUCAUAUGGUGGUUUACGUGGUGCCGUUGCCUUUGCCCUGGUUCUGUUAAUCGAUGAACGUGUUGUGCCUACAAAGAAUAUGUUUGUUACCACUACCAUUGCUGUGAUAUACUUUACCGUAUUCGUACAGGGCAUCACCAUUAAGCCGCUCGUUAAAAUUUUAAAUGUUAAACGUGCGAAUAAACGUAAACCCACCAUGAAUGAACGUAUACAUGAAAGAUUUAUGGAUCAUUUAAUGGCUGGCAUUGAGGAUAUUAUUGGUAAAACUGGCAAUUACAAUGUCCGUGAUAAAUUCAAACGUUUCGACAAUCGUUUUAUACGUCCUCUGUUGAUAAGAGAUCUUAAGGGUGCCGAACCAAAAAUUAUUGAAACCUAUUCGAAAUUAACCAUGCGUGAUGCUAUCGAAGUAAUGCGUCGUAAUCCCUCAACAAUUGGUCAAAUAACGGGCACAGAAUCAAUGAGUGCCUUAUUUAGAAAUUACACCAAUAAUUGUAUUGGUGGAAGGUGGGCACCGCCAACUAUUUAUACAACCUGUCCCAGUCUUACAAAUUUGGAUAAUACCUGCUCGCGUAAUUUGGAUAUGCAUGAAUUGGAUUAUAAUCCCUCCAAAAAGGAUCUUACCGAUGCCAGAAUACAUCAUUUAUUGGCUGAAGAAUUGAAACCUUAUAGACGGGCCUCUAUACAAAUGCACCGUCGUCUUAGUUAUAGCCGUCACGCCGUAGAUGACAGAGAUCUAUCCACACAGGUGAAUUAUAAAAUGCAAAUGAAUUUCCGUCGCAUGUUCAACGACCGUAAACAUCAUAAACGCAGCAAACGUGGUGCUAGUAAGCAUCAAGAUGGCGUUAAACAAAAUCAUGUCUCAUUCCAUGAUUUCCAACAGAAUGGAACAACGAAACAAUUCUCGCACGGUACGAGUAAGAAUGAAACAAAUUUACGCAAAAAACUAAUCAGAAAACAUUCUCACAAUUCACUUAACAAAUAUCGUAGAUUAGAAAUAGACAAUUAUAUUAAUGAAGUUCUUAGCGAAACAGUCGAGGAAAAUCCAAAUAAACUCACCGAAGUUACUGUAGUAGGAGCCAACGAUGACUGGGAUGAUGGUCUAACAUUUACGGCGAAAUCAUCACCGGAUUCGGAUCGUGCCAAUAAUAAUUCAUUAAUUGCUCAUAUACAAAAUCUGCCCGGUUUUGAUGCUUCUAAAGCUCGUAUUGUUCAACAUUAUGCCGCACCAUCGUCGUCGUCACAGCAUAACAGUUCUUGUGAAAGUCCGGAAAAACUACUUUCACCCGAUGAUCCUCCGAUUGGGCCCACAGCGGCCGAACUUAUAUUACCCUGGCGCAGGGAUCGUUCCUAUCAAAGCAUUGCAGAAAAUGCCAUACCCGAAGAAGAUCGCAAUCUUCGGGAUUCGGGUGAUGAACGUCGUGUUGCUACACCCACAGCCACCGAAUCACAAUUGCCGUGGAAACGUCAAGGUGAUGAGAUAUCCGAUGCUGUACAACAAAAUGAAUUCCCUGCAUGGGCCUCAAAUAAAGAAUAUUUGGCCUAUAAUUCACCAAGUGCUACAUUUUUAGGUGGUAUAAAUAAACCUAAACAGCCCAAGUCCGUCAUAGGUCUUUUCCGUCGUGAAAGUUCCGGUUCUCGUGGUGGCAACAGUAUUGGUGGCAAUGAUGGCUUAGAUGGAGCCUGUUCUGCCCGAGGUUCGGAUCCAGCUUUAGCAGCUGCUCUAAGCAGCAUGGUUGUGCCUUCAACUGCAUAUAAUCCUCGCCUUGACAAACGUUCCCAAUCGAUAUCAUCGGGUUCGGGCAUAAGUGAGGGUCAUUCCGGUCCUUUCCCUGUGACAGCCAGUCAUCGUCGUAAUGUGCGUCGUGGUUCUAUGCUAGAAUUAAGCGGAGACACUAUCCCCGAGGAAUCUUAUUACCAUGGACACUCAAAAUCGCUAUGUGAACCGGCUGGCGAAGAAUGGGAGUCCGUAUUAGCCGAUGCGGAAAAAGCCGACUAUGCCAGCGGGAAUAGUGAUAAACUACUAAAGGCCAGCAGUGGUCGAGAACCUCUAUUGCCCAAAUUAACACCAAGAGCUCAAAUAAGACGUAACAUGGGUGGUGCUAUGGGUGGCAGUAAUAAAAAGAAUCAAGUAACAACGGCUCUACUAUCCAGCACUAAUUCCGAUUAUGAUGAUGAUGAAGAAGAGGAUUUUGAUUUGUAUGAUGAUGAAAAUAUAGUUGUAACCACUACCACAAAUGAACCCAGCAAUCGUUUAACGAGGCCGGGUCUAAUGGAGGAACAACUACAUCCUAACACCACCACCAACACCACAACAACUUCUAUUCGUUUGACACGCAAUAAUGAUGAAAGUAUUAUUUGAGUGGAUGAGCAGCAGCUGGAGCCAGAGCAGGACAAUAAAGUUAAACUUAAUAAAAAAUACCAGCAAAAUUUUAAAGAAAAUCUUAUAGAAGUUGAAGAAUAUAAUGAAGAAGACGAUAACAAUGACGAUGACGAGAACGAUGAAGAUGAUGAUAUAGAAAAACAAGAACAACAAUAUUUACUUAUGGGAUCUAGAAAAUCUAGAAAUUUCUUUAAAUAUGAAAUGUUUUAUUAAAUAACAAAAUAAGUU